AUGCGAUUUCUUACGAUCUGUUUCGUAUUUACACUUCUAGUUAUCUGUUUCGCGGAAGAAUUUGAAGCAGUUCCCGAUGAUGCAGAAUUUCCACCAGAUGCUCCACUAACUCGAGCUAAGAGACAAUAUGGUUGGGGUGGCUACGGUGGAUACGGAGGAUGGGGUGGAAGGUACGGAGGCUACGGAGGAUGGGGAGGAAGGUACGGUGGUUAUGGAGGAUGGGGAGGACGACGCUGGGGAGGUUGGUAA